AUGGCCAUUUGCAAAUUCUAUCAGACACGUGACGGUUGCAGGAAUGGCAGUGAGUGUUAUCCCCUCUGUGCCAGCCUUGAAGCCCGGGGGGCCAUACAGCUGAAAUCGGCAUUUCUUACUGACUGUUUGAAUUUCAAAGACAACUGCAGAUUUGAACAUCCUGGUGCCAAUAGUGCUGGCAAUGCCUCACGCAACAGAUUCGCUCCGCUGUCUGGCGGUAGCAAUCGGUUUGGAGGGGGACGCAACCCAGAGUACUUCAUUAGCACAACUGAGUUCACGAAUGACCUCACGGAAGGCAAAGGUCGUCCAAAAUGGCUACUAUCCUCGUGGGGUCCUAGAGAAGGUCCCAGAGGAUUCUUCGAAGACUACAGCCCAGAAGAGGUCAGAUGGCGAUUCUACGAGCUCGCAGCCCAAGGGAAAGAGGGCGAAGCUGAUCAGGAGGCAAUCACUCUGUGGAACAAUGCUGACUCUCAGAUGAGGCAAUUGGCGAGCCGAGUAGAUGAUAUCGGCGACAUGAUGAGAGAAGCAGAGAAACAGCAUCCCAACAGGUGGGACUUCUUGAAGAUGGACGGGACCAAGACGCGUGAACAAGUCAUCAGUGAAGCACAAGGGAUGAAUGCAAACUCUGGAAACUCCCCAUUUGGCUCGACUGGAGCAAGCUCUGGCUUUGGCUCAACCCCGAAUGCUGCAUCCAACCCGUUCUCAAAACCCGCUACGUCAACCUUCGGACAGGCGACCCAACCCUCUAUAUUUGGUGCGGGUUCCUCUACAUUUGGAAAGCCGGCCUUCGGCUCAACUGGCUUUGGAGGCAGUUCUUCGUCUAGCCCCUUCGGUCAGGCAGCUUCAGGCGGUACAUUUGGGCAGCCGUCUCAGCCAACGUCUACAUUUGGAAAACCAUCCCAGCCGGCGUCUACGUUCGGACAGCCGAGUCAGCCUACAUCGACCUUCGGCCAGGCAUCGCAACCAUCUUCGACAUUCGGUCAGCCUUCGCAACCAUCCUCAGCCUUUGGAUCUACCGGCUUCGGGGGCGCUACGCAGAAGAAUCCCUUUGCAGCAGCUUCUGCAUCAAGUGGAUUUGGACAGUCUAAUUUGACAUUCGGGCAAUCCUCUCAACCAACAUCAACCUUCGGGCAUCCAUCCCAGCCUAACUCAACCUUCGGUCAACCUUCACAACCCUCUUCGACAUUUGGACAGCCCUCCCAACCAUCUUCAACAUUCGGACAACCAGCUCAACCCUCUUCGGCUUUUGGUCAGCCAAGCCAGCCGACCCCAACAUUCGGUCAACCUGCGCAACAAGCCUCGCCAUUCGGACAGUCUUCCCAAACGAAUUCGACGUUUGGUAAGCCCACAGCGUUCGGGCAAGCUGCGUCUCCUUUUGGGCAAUCAGGUCAGACCACGUCUAGCUUCGGCCAGCCCUCACAAACAACAUCUACUUUUGGGCAACCCAGUCAGCCAUCAUCUGGCUUUACCCAACCGACAUUUGGAGCGAGUGCCACUCCUUCUUUUGGACAGCCAUCAACACAAGGCAAUGCUUUCGGUGGAAAUACUACACAGCAACAACCAAGUGAUCAAGCCAUGGAAACAAACUCACCCGGCGCAUCACCACGAGCCAUACCACCAGGAAACCAGUUCGCUAAUGCUGCUACGCCAACCUUUACCUCACCAAUGCCGGCCCCGUCGGCCCCGUCUCAACCAGUAGCACCGCCGCCACCACCCAAGGCCAUCGUCAAUACCUCAUCCACUCCGCACCCAUUAACCGGAAAGCCUCCCGCCGCUGUACUAGUCACGCAAUCACUUCCCUUCCAACCGCCUCAGAAAAACAGAGACCAACUGAUAUCCUACCGCGGCCAACGAGUCCAAUACGUCGAUGGUGAGCCAUGCUUUCAACGCCCAGACCGCAAGGGACUUCAAAAAAUCUGGUUCCCUGAUGGAGCCGCCGCUCCUGACGUUGUCGCAUUGAAUCGAGAAGAUAAAUUAGAUGAUCUUCAAGGAUCGCCAGAUGAGUAUACAGAUAGUAUCAAGGAGCAGUAUAAGUAUUUCUUCGACAACGGCAGUUUCCAGCAUGGCAAGAUCCCGCUGGUGCCUCCGAUGCGUGAAUGGGCUGUUUACGACUUUUGA